CCGCGCCGCCCGCGCCGCGCCCACAUGGCCUCCUCCCCGUCCCCCUCCUCCUCCCGGACCCCCGCCGCCGCGCGCCGGGGCGGCCGCGCGGCGCGCCAGUCGCCCUUCUUCCGGGACCUCGCCUCCCCCAUCCCGUCCCACCGCGGCGGCGGCUCCCGCUUCGCCUCCCCCGCGGCCGCCGCCCCGCCCUCCGCCACGCCGCCGCCGCCGCCCCUCUUCACGCUCGACGACCGCUUCGCCGCCGCCGACUUCUCGCCCGACCCCACCGCCUCCGACCUCCUCCCCGUCGCCUCCUCCCCCUCCCCCCGCGCCGGGGCAGGCAGCCGCUCGCCCUCAUGGGACCGCUCCCGCGGCAAGGCCUCCGCCCACGGAUCCCCCAUGGACGGGGUCGUCGAGCCGCCCCGCAAGGAGCUGCUCGCGCUGCCCCCGCCCUCCAGCCCCUGCACUCCUCCUCCCCCGACGGCCACGUCCGUGGCCGCCGAGGCGCCGUCGCCCGUGACCCCGGCGACGGAGGCUGCCAGGACGGAGCCCGCGGCUCCGGCCAGCGAAGGGAAGGCAGAUGGCGAGGAGUGGGUCACUGUAUUCGGAUUCUCGCUUAGAGAUACCAACCUCGUUCUCCGAGAGUUCGAAAAAUGUGGUGUUAUAUUGAGACAUCACUCUGGCCCAAGAGAGGGUAAUUGGAUCCACAUAUUAUACCAGCACUCUUACGAUGCAAGGAAAGCCCUUCAAAAGAAUGGUAUCCAACUAUGCAGUGGCGUCAUAAUUGGAGUAAAGCAUAUUGAUCCAGUGCACCGGCAGCAGCUGGAUGAUAGGCUCGCUGGAAUCAACCAAGGAGGCUUCAUGGUCUCCCUUCCUUCGAAAUCACUUGUCCUGAAGAGCAACACAGGAGCAUCAAACCAGUUGGGAGCCUUGCCGCGCCCGUAUGAUCCGAAGUCUUCCACAAACGUUAUCAGAGACGCAGGGCGUCGUACAACAGGCAGUGUCGCCGCGCCAGCGAAAUCUAUUGUAACCAAUGUGAUGGACUUGAUAUUCGGCAUCUAGUUCGCCAGCCUGUGGACCAAUGAUAUACCUCCAGCCUAGCAUGUCUCAUCUGUUGUGUGAUCUGUCACGGUGAUUGAUGCUGUAGCAAGUGAGUUUGUCCGCCAAAGGGUUCGGGAGCGAAAUUUGAGAGAAUCCGGAGAAGUGGACCUUUUCUUUUCUUUGGUGAUGUAACAGUUAUGAAUGUGCAAAAUUUUCACGUUUAUGUUAUGAUCUGCUAAGAUGUGGGCGGCUGUUGUAACUUUGUGUUCUUGUGGGUGCUGUCAUGAGCAAUGGCUCUGGAUGAAUGACGAAACUGAGAUCUCAAUUAGUAUUUAUUUUGUCCGCUGCAA